AAAUCCAAAAUCGUUGUGCUGUUCUUCCGGUGAAAUUUUCGCGCCAACAUGGCUAUUUCCGUAGAAAAUUACCUACAUUGCUGCCGGAUAUGUUUAGGGUCGGAGAAAAGUGAUUACUUCCUCGAUAUCGACAGCACACAGUUGCCGGAAGCGGACGUAAGCGUACAGACGGCACUGCGGAAGACGACGGGAGUUGAGUGCCCUUUGGACGAUCGCCUUCCCUCGAAGAUAUGUCAGUGUUGUCAACUGCGUCUGCAGGAUGCCUAUAAUUUCAUACUCGAAUUUUGUAACAAUAGUCUUCUACUGGAAUCGCUUAAGGAAAAAGCCAUGGAAAGAGAGCAACGCUUAAAGCCAGUUGAGUUAAACCAGUUAAAAAAGGAUAUCAAAGAAGAAAAGGAAUCCUGCCACGAAGAAUACCUAGCGACGGAAGGAGCUUCCUCAGCCGAGACAGAAAUUCUUCAAAUCGAACGACUUGAAGCAACACCAAGCCGUACUGAAAUGGUCGAGGACUACGUCAUCUAUGAAAUGGGUGGAGGAGGUCCUGGAAGUUGCGAGGCGCAAGAACAGGAAGAGUCCGAAAUGGAUCCCGAAUCGGACGAUGAGACGGUCGAGGAAGACGCAACCGAUGCCGUUGAUUUCAUCCUGCGUAAUCUGCAGCCGUCUAGCAAGAGAAGGAGAAAGUACACACAUACAGUGGAGAGAAGAUACCAGUGCGAGGUAUGCGAUAAAUCAUUCCAGCGAAAGUCCAAUCUGGUUGAUCAUCUACGGUUGCAUGCCAAUGUGAAGCUGUUCGCAUGCAGUUACUGCAGUGCGGCCUUUGUACAAGCCGGUAAUUUGAAAAGUCACAUACGGAAGCACACCUUAGAGAAACCUUACAGUUGUCAGUAUUGCGAUAAGAGCUACAGUCAAUCAAGUGCGCUGAAAACCCACAUUAGGACUCACACCAACACGCGCGACUACAUUUGCGACGCGUGUGGGAAAGGUUUCACCAACAGCUCAGAUUUAAACAAGCAUAAGGUUACACAUUCGGGUUUGCGCUUUUAUCAGUGUGUCAAGUGCGAUAAUCGGUUUUUCACUCAAAAAGUUCAUCUGAAGAAGCACCUCAGGUCGCAUCAUCCUGACGAAAAUUUCGACCAGCUACUGCAGGAGGGAACCUUGAAGGAUGGGGUUUGCAUCAAUUCUGAUUUGAAGAAAAAUGUCCAGAGUUGCGGAUGAAAGAGGAUGGAAUGGUUUCGCUGGCGUUAAAAUGACAGCAUCACAUAUUUGCAGUGCAC